AUGGACGCUGCGAACGAAAACACUAGUACCACGAAGCGCUCAGGCAUUAAACCACCCUCGACCUUUUCCAACAUCACCUCAUCGCCGACUCGCGCCCUCGGCGAAUUGCACGAAGCCGGUGCCAACGCGCGAAGUGGAAUGCCGAUACCUACAGCGAAACACAAGCCCUCCGGCUGUAUAUUGCCCCUCCCUAUAUCAGUAGCACCGGACAGGUCGCUAACUACACCAGUACCGGAGCCGGCUUUCAAGCAACGGAAGACUCUUGCAGAGCAGGCUGGCGAGCCCAUUUCUCGACUAAAGCCCCCGCCGUCUAAGAUAUCGAGUGGGAUCAAAAGCAUCGUACCGCGUGGACUCGCCGCGUCUACAUCGCGUGCCACUACGAAACCGACAGCGAGACAUCCUGCAGCCUCUACUCUCAGUGGCAGUGUGGGCGGAGCGCCUAAGGCUUCCGGGGCUGUGAGACCCAAGUCGGCCUAUGGCCAUGGAAGCCAUGCUAGGAGCAAGUCCUAUCAGCAAGGGCCGCGCCCUGCGACAGCAAUGCUAAACCGAGAUGACGAUGACGACAGUGAGCAAGCAGAGCGCAAAGGUGUGCAACCAUUUCUUAUCUCUACAAACCCCUCCACCAGUGCAAGAAUGCCUGGUGGGAUGCCUUCUUAUCUGAAGAAGCGUACAAUCUCCCUCAAUAUAUCCCAACACAGGAUCGCUGGUACCUCAGGUCCAAGAGCGGUUUCUUCUCCUUCCCACUUCCGCUCCGUCACUCCGGUCAUCGAAGAGCCUGCCGAUACAGACUGCGACGACAUCUGCACAGCGGUUGGCGCGCUCACAUUGGGCGCGGCCAAGGCAGACGUGUGUGGCAGUCAAAUCGGACGUGGUACGACUUCUGACUACGGGACAAACCCUUUUCUCAAGCCAAAGAUACCUCCAUCUCAACUUCCCCAGCGUACGCCGACAAUGGCUCGGCAGCAGCGAGUAGACCCGUCGCCGCUCCGGCCUCCAUCUACUACACCGCGGAAAUCAGCACAAAAGCCCUUUCUGAAUCGCUUCACUAACGAUCGAUGUCCAGAUUUCUACAAUGAGCGCAUGGAGGCGAUGGAACGAGACUUCCGCAUGUUCAAGGAGAAGAUGGAGACAGAUGUGCGACAGGCUACUGACUACAAGGAAUCGAUUCAGCAGCUUCAAAGUCGCGUCACGGAACUCGAAACUAUUCGCGCGCGUCUGGAAAUCGUAAACAAGGGCCUAGAGUCGGAGCUCGACGAUACACGAAGUUGCCUCAAGUCAGUAAAGAUGGAACUCGAGAUGAUGCAGCAGAAACACACAUACGAAGUUGAAGAUGUACGGCGGAGACUACGCAUUGAGGUCGAGGAUCUGGAGUCGCGGCAUCGGAAAGACACAGACCGAAUGGAGAGAGAACGAGAUGAGGUCGAGAGGAAGACACGCAUCGAGCUCGAAGGACGAAUCGACAAACUGCUGAAAGAACACGACGAAGAACUUGCCGGCUUGCGGAAGAAACUGGACGCCGACACGGAAACGGAGCGAAGCAGGCGCGUACAAGAAGCACAAAAGAUCGAGGAGGAGUAUGGUUCAAAGCUUAGAGCAGCUGCGAUGGAAGCAGACGCAAAACACCGCGAGGCCCAAUUGGUCCAGGGCGAACUCACUAAUGUCAAGUCCGAGCUUGACCGAGAGAGGAUGCUCAAGAAUAGCCUUCAAGUUCAACUCACAGAAGCAACAAGCAACAACCUUACAUUGGACGCAGCGAACAAGGCGAUGAAGGAGAAGAUCGACUUCCUCGAGUCCGACAGCCAGGCCCAGUCGCAAGCUUUCAAUGACCUUCACAAACGAAUGCAAGAUGCGAUUGAAGCUGCUGAAAGAGCGCAAGACAAGCUUCGUCAAGAGGAGACACUACGCCGAAAACUUUUCAACCAGGUGCAGGAACUCAAGGGCAACAUCAGAGUUAUGUGUCGUGUGCGACCCGCCCAUGAAACCGAACGCAAUCCGGCACAAAUCUCGUUCCCGGACAACGAUACCGACAGCAAAGAAGUGGCAGUGCUUGGUCCAAGCAAGCAAAGCGCAACUGGCAAGGACAUUACAUCCGCCUAUGCGUACUCGUUUGACCGUGUAUUUGGCCCAGCGUCACAGAACAGCGAAGUUUUCGAGGAGAUCAGUCAGCUUGUACAAAGCGCUCUUGAUGGAUACAAUGUCUGCAUCUUCUGUUACGGUCAGACAGGAGCUGGAAAAACACAUACCAUGUCGUCAGCUGAUGGUAUGAUCCCCCGUGCGACAGCCCAGAUCUGGGAUGAAGCGCAGCGAUUGCAAGAGAAGGGCUGGAAAUACGAGAUGGAAGGCUCUUUCCUCGAAGUUUACAACGAGACGUACAACGAUCUGCUCGGUCGUUCAGAGGAUCUAGACAAGAAGAAGGUCGAGGUGCGACAUGAUGCGGCGAAAAAGCAAACGAACCUUGACGGUGCAGUCAGUGUGAAGCUCGACGGUCCAGGUCGCGUGGAGGAAAUCUUAGCGACCGCCGACAAGAAUAGGACGGUCGCUGCCACCAAGGCCAACAUGCGUUCCAGUCGAAGUCACUCUGUCUUCAUUCUGAAGCUUGUCGGUACCAAUGAGAUUACUGGUGAAAGGAGCGAAGGUACGCUCAAUUUGGUCGAUCUUGCCGGCUCAGAGCGACUUGAACACUCCAAGGCUGAAGGUGCGCGCCUCAAGGAGACACAAAACAUCAACAAAAGUUUGAGCUGUCUGGGAGAUGUCAUCAACGCUCUUGGAUCGGCAAAGGAAGGCACACAUGUGCCAUACAGAAACUCGAAGCUCACAUACCUCCUCCAAUACUCAUUGGGUGGCAAUUCAAAAACGCUCAUGUUCGUCAUGGUCAGCCCGCUACAAGCACAUCUUCAAGAGACAAUUACGAGUCUCAAAUUUGCAACUAAGGUUUACAACACGCACAUCGGAACGGCGAAGAAGCAGACCAAGACGUCGUAG